CCCUCCAGUCCUUUCUCCAACAUUUAUUCUUUACCCAUUCAGUCACCUACUACACUGCUCGGUCGAUACAUAAUCCUCUUGAGGAACCGGGCCAUUUCCAUAGUGCACAAUGGGCGCCAAAGUACCACGAAACUUCCGACUUUUGGAAGAGCUGGAGAAGGGCGAGAAAGGCCUCGGCGCAGAGGCAUGCUCGUAUGGAUUGGCAGAUGGCGAUGACCUGAUGAUGACGAACUGGAACGGCACGAUCCUUGGACCUCCCCAUAGUGCUCAUGAGAAUCGUAUCUACAGCGUUAACCUCCAUUGCGGAGAACAAUACCCUGACGUUCCACCCACUAUCCAAUUCGUUUCGAGAAUAAACCUGCCCUGCGUUGAUCAAAAGACAGGAAAAGUCGACCCUUCAAAACUACCGUGCCUGGCAAAUUGGAAGCGAGAUUAUACCAUGGAAACAAUUCUCAUUGAACUGAGAAGAUACAUGGCUCUCCCUCAGCAUAAGAAACUACCACAGCCUCCGGAAGGAACGACUUUCUAGAAUGAGAAUGCAGCAUGAAAUCGUGGAGUUGGGUUUUGCAAUACAGCGAUGAUUGAUGAGGCUUUAUGAUGCAUGAUCCGGCGUCUGGAGAUUGGUGAUUCCAUACACGAGGCAAUGGAUGAUGCAAUGGUCAUGUCUAGAGAAGAGAGAGCAAGAUCACUGUCCAAUGUCAAUUACAUGUCCUCCGGAAGGGCCCUCUCCAGCGAGUCAACCACGACCUCAUCCACGCCAAUGAUGCCGUCGGUCACGUGACCUUUCAGUCGGGAUCGGCUAACCUACCUUACUCAGACCGAAUGAAUAACUCCGCUAGAUUCAUG